CAAUUGUGUUUUGUUUUUCAGGCAGCUCCUCCUGAACCAGUUCCAUGAUGUGAUUCCUGGCACCUGUAUAGAGAUGGUGGUAGAGGACGCACUGAGAUAUUACCAAGAUAUCCAUACCACGGGGACCAGACUGCUGCGUGUCUCCUGUGAGGCCCUGCUGUCUAAAGGGGCUACGACGCAGACAGGAAACACUGACAGUUCCGUUGCUGUCCUCAACACUCUGCCCUGGGAACGCACCGAGGUCCUCCCGCUGACAGGGGGGCGCUCCUGAACACCUCGCUCUGGUGACAGUCCCCAGUCUCGCUGUAGUUUCUGUCUGUGAUGCCACUGCUACCAAACCUCUGGUCUCAGUCAAGGUUCAGGCUGAUGGUACUGUCCUCAUGGAAAAUGGGAUAUUACAUGCUGUCGUUAAUAAGGAUGGAGGGCUGGCUUCCUUGUACCUGGUCAAGACCAACAGAGAGGCGAUAUCUCACGGUUGCAGUGGGAACCAGUUUGUUGUGUUUGACGAUGUUCCUCUGUACUGGGACGCCUGGGACGUGAUGGACUACCACUUACAGACACGGAAGCCGGUGGUAGAGGUGGUCCGUCCUGUCCAGGUAGCAUCUCCAGGAGGACUGAGAGGCAGUGUGACCUUCACUCUCAGGAUCAGCGAUAAGAGCACCAUCACCCAGGAGAUCAUCCUGGACGCCAUGUGUCCUUAUGUCAGGUUUAAUACUCAGGUGGAAUGGUUAGAGUCCCAUAAGUUCCUGAAGGUAGAGUUCCCAGUGAGGGUGAGGAGCCCCAACGCCACCUAUGAGAUCCAGUUUGGACACCUGCAGAGACCCACACACAGGAACACGAGCUGGGAUUGGGCCCGCUUCGAGGUUUGGGGCCACAAAUGGGCAGACCUAUCAGAGCACGGGUUUGGAGUGUCUCUGCUGAACGACAGUAAAUAUGGAUACUCGGUUUACCAGAACACCUUAACGCUCUCUCUACUGCGAGCUCCCAAGGCUCCUGAUGCCAACGCUGACAUGGGAAGUCAUCAGUUCACCUACGCUGUCAUGCCACACACAG